CGUCCACGGGAACGAUAACUCACCCAAAAUAAAAAUUUUAAUUUAAAAGAUAAAAUAUCUACACAGUAGCUAAAAUUGUUUAAAGAGAAUUUUUAAACGAUUUUUUAUGUACAAAAUGAAAUAGUGGGUAGUUGUAAAAAAGAUGUGUAUCUAAUUGUACUUUCGGUUUGUUAUUCAGUUGGGUAUUUUGAUGCGUAUAAAAUGGACGAUUGGAUAGGCCUACAAAAUGAUUAUCAUAUAAGAGAAAGACUUCUGGAAAGGGGCAUUGAUGAGCAUGCCAUGAAAAAAUGGAUUACAUCCGAAACAACACAUAAUGGACGGUUUGAUAUAUUCAGUGUGGUUAAUGAAACAAUUUGGAAAAAGUCGAUUGAUUACCAUUUCCCAGUCUGCGAAUGCGACAGUAUACUUUUUGCACACACCCACAAUUACGAUACCGCAAAGAAAGUUCUAGAAUAUCUCGAAAAGGUUUUGUUCCCACUUCAACCAAAGAUUGAAAUUUAUCGGAAAGACUCAUGGAAAUCAUUAAACGAGCCAGUGUCUGAAUUACUGUUCAAAAGAGAUAAGCAAACAGUGUCAUCAACACUUGCGUUUCUGUUAGUGACGUCAGAGUUUUGUGCUGACCCAUUGGGAUGGGCGGAUCUAGCAGGGGAACCCUUCUUCCAGAGAGCGAUGUACAACAAAGAAAUCACCAUUGUACCAAUACUAGUGAACAACCCCCGGAAAGCGAAAUUCAAAAUUCCCAUGGGAAUCAGGAGCCUGAGAUCUAUAGAGUUUUACAUCAAAGACGACAUUAUUUGCCAUGAUACCGUAAAGCACAUACUCCAACCGGAAGUAAAGAAAAGACUGAAGAAAGAAAAGGCAGAACUGAAGAAUCGCGCAUAUUGGCUGUACACAAAUGUAAUCAGCCGAUUACCCCCUAAUGGGAGUGCAAAGAUGCGGGGCCCACAGCACCAGAUGACUAGGUAUAAUAGCUUGUCCAACCAAGAAGUGCCCAAUUCUGCAUUAUUCAGUGACGGGUACUCUGAGAAUCAAUUAAAUCAAUCAGAAAAGUAUGAGAACCAAUCAAAGUAUCAUAGAUCGAUAAGUCAGGGGCGGGCACCAGACUCGGCAUACGCCAGUCAUGAGAGCAGUGAUUACUGUAACGAGUCUAGUCUCUCAAACGUUUAUACGCCCCGUCACCACAAUGAACAGUUACCAACAAGAGGCAUCAAAGAGGACGUCCCUCACCCAACAACAAAUCAAGGUCGGAGCUGUGGAAAGCAGAACGGUUUUGUUUUGAAUGGGUCAAACUCGCGUCAGUCAAACAAUACCUCGCCAUCUAUUGACAUUGUAGAGGCCCCGGAUUUAAAUCUUUGCUCGAUGGAACCUUCGCCGUCCGAAACAUCGAAGCAGCUUCGAGAAAUGACCCAUUCACAACGAUCUCAAAAAGACCCGUUUCAGAAUAAAACAUUGGAUGAAUCAUUUACAAAUGGCAAACAUCAGGAUGUCGUCAAUGUGCCUUCUUCUCGAACAAACAUUUGGGAAGUUUCAAGAAAUAACAUUAAAUAUGUGAGACCACCUCCAGAUACAAACAUAUGGAAGGAACCCUAUUCAGGGGAGACAAACACGUCAAUCAAUCAAACGCAGCGUACGUCGAAUCGUCACUUGUCUAAAACCUCGCCAGUUCCGAUAGAAGUUGAGUGCAGAGACUUCAAAACGAUGUCCUUACAGUCAUCAAAUAGCAUUUCGCACUCGCGUACUCAAAACAUAUCAUCCGUUUCCUUAAACCACAAUCUCUCAUCAUCCUCUAACCAUCAUUCUAGUGGAAUGAGGUCUGUACAAAUUUCAUAUGAAAAUAAUUUGCGUGAGGCAUUACCCGAUCCUCGACCUAUAAGCGCCCAAAGUUUGCCAUGGGACAUUAGUUCGAGCCUACACUCGAGCCAUGCUUCGAGGUCAGCGGGAGAGGAGAAUGUUCAUCCACUGGCGCGGGAAAUUAAGAUGGACAAAUUCCCUUCUGGAGACCUAGGACACUCAAUAAACUCGCACAUGUUCACAUCGUCGGGAGACGGCGACCAAACAUGGUCAUCAAUGUGUUCAUCUAACACUUCAUCUGACACAAGUUCAAUGAUAAAAACAUCGCUAAAUAUAUCGCCAGUUCCGCAGAAAAUUAGCAUGAAUACUCUUCCAACAGAAGAUGCGAUGAACAAAGACCCGCGAUCAAUGACCAACUCGGUGCCUGACGUCACUCAACUUCCGCUUGGCUGCUUGCGACCUUCGGAUAAUUUCCGCGAUUGCUACCCGUCAUUUUCCCGAUCUGAAUCAGAUUCUGGGAGGCCUGUUGGAGUGGUAAAGCCAUUUGCAAUGCUAGAUGACGAUUAUGAAGACAACGACUUCACAAAUGAUUUAUCUAUGCCCGCUGCAAGGCCAGAGGAAACUUAUGUUAAGCAAUGGCUUUGAUUACCGGAACAUAAAAGGGGCAUUCAUAGUAAUAUACCGGUAUACUAUACCUAUUAUAAUGCACAAAGUUUCCAAGACGUGAGAAGAUUACGUUGGAUUUUCACGCAUCGUCACAUUCUCAUAUCAGAGGGAACGCGAAGUACAUGCGAUUUCAGCUAUUUCUCAUAUUUUUAGUCUGCAGACCGCGGAUCUGGGGUGUCCCUCGAGCACGGGCGGAUCUCAAGUUAAAUGUUGUGGUGUUUUAUUGUUUGUGGUAUGGUUCAAGAGAAAAAAUGCAUUCUAAAAACAGUUAAAUAGGCAGUUCUGAUGCGAUGAAGUAACAAGAGAGAGGUCAUGAGUAUGUCCAUUCAUUCAGGUUGUAUUCCAAAAUAUCAAUAAAAUAAUGCUGUGCGUUAGUCUUCACAUAAUACUAGUA